CUCCCCAGCAAUACCGCGCUCCGCCCCCCCGCCUCCGUCGCAAUGGCGAUUCGCCGGCAGCGCCGUGCCUUCCCGCUCGUCCCCUUCCUCGUCUCCCUCCUCGCCGUCGCCGCCUAUGGCCGCCUCAUCUCCGACGGCAUGCCGGCCACCCCGUCCUCCUCCGUCCUCGCGUCCCCGCUGUCCUCCGCCGCCAUCCGCCUCAACUCCUCCUCGCCGGCCACCGCCGCCGCGCCCGAGGAGUGCGAGCAGACGUACGGCUUCCUCCCGUGCACCACCACCGUGUUCGGGAACAUGUUCCUGGUGCUCACCUACGGGUUCCUCAUGUUCAAGGCGGCCACGUUCCUGUCGGCCGGCAGUGAGCUGCUGCUGGAGAUCAUGGGGCCCGGCCUCGUCGGCGGUCUCCUCCUCCCCAUCCUCGGCGCCCUCCCCGACGCGCUCCUCGUGCUCGUAUCUGGUCUCUCUGGGACUAAAGAAACUGCACAAAGUCAGGUCCUCAUCGGGAUGGGGCUGCUUGCUGGUUCGACUGUCUUUCUUCUCACCCUGCUUUGGGGAACUUGUGUUGUUGUUGGCAAAUGUGAUGUUACGGAAAACGGUGUUGCUAUUGAUUCAACUGACACUAAGGGCUUCAGCUUGACUGGCUCUGGCAUUACAACUGAUGUGCAAACCAGCUAUGCAGCACGAAUCAUGGCCAUAUCUGUUGUUCCCUUUGUCAUUGCUCAGUUCCCGAAAAUGUUGAAGACUCACCAUGGGGAGCGCUUAGCCAUAUUGCUGGCUCUAAUUGCUUCAUUUUCACUUGUACUCGCCUACUGCCUGUAUCAGGUUUUCCAGCCUUGGGUUCAGAAGAGGAAGCUCGCAUACGCAAAGCACAAGCAUGUGAUCUCUGGGAUCCUACAGCAUGCCCAAAAGCAAGCACUGGGCCGGCUACUUAAUGAUGACGGCUCACCUAAUGAAAACGUCAUAAGAAAGUUGUUCCACAAGAUCGACAAUGAUGACAGCCGUAACCUGUCACGAGCAGAGCUACAUGCGCUUAUUAUCGGGAUCAACUUUGAGGAGAUUGACUUUGACAAGAAUGAUGCUGUCGAUAAGAUCAUGGACGACUUUGAUACUUCAGGCAAUGACACUGUGGAGGAGGAUGAGUUUGUCGCGGGAAUGAAAAUAUGGCUUCAUGAGGCGAAGCAAAAAGUGGAGGCUAGUGGUGCCUACUCUAAUAAGUUUGUCAACGACUACCAUGCUAGAACUAGGGAGGAUCAUGACCAGUUGGUCGACAGAUCUGACGAGGCAGUGGAGAGCGUCGAGAACCCUGGUUGGUGCAUUGCCAAGGCUGUGGGGUACCUGCUUCUCGGUGCUACCAUUUGUGCCGCAUUUGCAGACCCGCUCGUUGAUGCUGUCCACAACUUCUCUAACGCCACACACAUCCCGUCCUUCUUUGUCUCGUUCAUCGGCCUCCCGCUGGCAACCAAUUCCAGCGAGGCCGUCUCGGCCAUCAUCUUCGCCAGCAGGAAGAAGCAGAGGACUUGCUCCCUCACUUUCUCAGAGGUAUACGGUGGUGUGACCAUGAACAACACGCUGUGUCUGGGCGUGUUCUUGGCGCUCAUCUACUUCAGGGAGCUGACGUGGGACUUCUCUUCGGAGGUGCUCGUCAUCCUGCUCGUCUGUGUCAUCAUGGGCCUCUUCACAAGCUUCCGGACCAGCUUCCCGCUCUGGACCUGCCUGGUAGCGUACCUGCUGUACCCUCUGACCCUCGCCGUCGUCUACGUCCUCGACUUCGUCUUCGGCUGGUCAUAGGCUCAUGCUUCUAGUCUGGACACACGCUUGAGUUUGACCCUGUCGUGAUUUUUGACUCAUUGUAAUUUAUCUGUCUAGACUUGGAGGUGUUUAUUGUGUUCAUAUCCACGGUGUGCAUUGUGUAUCCAUGAAUCUAUCUUAAGGUCUCGUCUGGGCGUAGCGUUUUUGUGUGUUCUCUUCUCUUCGGUAAUGGUGUAUUAAACAUAUCCGGAGGAUACUGGGAGCUACAUGCUAGAAAUAAGCUUGAGAUUAUUAACCUAUUUUAUC